UGGUUCAGCGAGUUCGCAUAGAAGAAUAUUCGUGAAUCAAAAUAAAACAACAACAACUACAGAUAAGCCUGAAGCGUCGACUAGGGCAUAUAGAAGAGUAACAAGAAUACCAACACACAGAUCCACAACGCCAGUGCCAGAUUUCGACCAUUCAAAACCAAACGAUUGGAUACCAAUCCUCCCGUCCCAUUACGCAAAAAUUCCAAAAAAGCAUACGCGGGUAAAAAGACGUUCUGAUUUAACGUAUGUAGACGACGAAGAUGAGCAAAAUUUAGGACAUAAUAAAGUGAUGUACCUGCAAUCUUACGGAAUUGUGCCGGUAAGAAAUUCAAUACGGGGCUCACUGGAUGAUCCUGAAGAAGCAACGAACAAUAUAAACUAUCGCAAGAGACCACGUCGGGUGCCUCCUUCGUAUUUACCUCGUCAGAUUAACCCCACAAGUCAUCGACAUGUGCAACAACCAUUAACCGAAUAUCCGCCGGCCUAUCAAAAUCCUCAUUUAAUUCGACAAUCGCAACAACGACAUGUGCAACAACCAUUAACUGAAUAUCCGCCGGCCUAUCAUAAUCCUCAUUUAAUUCGACAAUCGCAACAACCACAGUCUUUAUAUCAACCGGCUUAUGGAACUUCCAACGACUAUAGUCAUUUGCAACAAAAAAUACCUUCAUACCAAGCGGCUUAUAUCGACCAAGAUGAAUUACAGUAUGUACAACAACCGAUCCGCCCGAUUUCACCGACGUAUGCAAACGUACAAAAUCUACGCCAUGUACAACAACCGUUUUCUUCAUUGCCAUCUGUUUAUGGCCACCAAAAUGAACUUCGACAAGUACAACAGUCGCUGCAUGCGUUACAACCAACAUAUGCAAGUGCAAGUGAGCUGCAGCCGGUGCAAGUUGCAUCACCUCAACUCAACCACGGAUCUGUGGCGGUCGACGACAGCAACAACAUAGCAAAGGUACUUACGAAGAUUAAACACCAUCAUCACCAUCAUCAUCACCGUUAUAUUAAAACGGUUGAGAAACAAGUUAAGGUACCAGUCAAAGUCGAAGUUCCGAAACCGUACCCUGUUGAGAAAAAAGUACCCUAUCCAGUCCCAGUAGAGAAAGUAGUGACUGUUGAGAAAAAGGUUCCCUAUCCUGUAGCAGUCAAAGUACCAGUAAAAGUAGUAGAAAAAGAAUAUGUUCCCAAACUUGUACCAGUUGUUCAACAGGUUCCUGUUGUCAAACAUGUGCCUGUAGCUCAACCUGUUCCAGUUCAAGUCGAAAAGAAAGUCCCUUACCCAGUUCAGGUCGCUGUGCCAUUUGAAAAGGCAGUUCCAUAUCCUGUGCAAGUCGAAAAAAAAGUUCCAUACCCAGUACCUUUUAAGAUAUACAUCCCAAAACCAUUCCCUAUUUUCAAAAAGGUACCAUUUCCCGUAAAAGUUAAAGUUAAAGAACCUUUCGAAAUCAUAAAACAUGUGCCAGUAAAAAUACCGUAUCCAAAACCAUUCCCAAUCAAAGUACCCCAUCCAGUUCCUGUGCAAGUUGAGAAAAGAGUCCCUUACCCAGUUGAAGUUGAGAAAAAAGUUCCCUAUCGAGUUGAAGUUCCAGUCCCGCACAAAGUAGAGGUCGAGAAGAAAGUCCCGAUAUACAUACCAAAGCCUUAUCCAGUCGAAAAGAAAGUUCCCUAUCCAAUUAAAGUCCCAUAUCCUGUGAAUGUUCCAGUUCGGUAUGAAUGA